AUGCAUGACGAGGGUACUGGCGGUAACACGAACGGUGGAUAUGGGAUUUUCCCUUUAUUUCCGUUGGCCAAUUGUGCCUUUUCGUCAUGUCCUGUAGGACUUGAUGCUCGCAAAGCACUACGCGCGGCGAACGUGGAUGUGGCCAGUCCGGGAUACUUCGCGACCCAAUUUGUAAACGGGAUCAAAAUCGAGACAACCGCUACUCGGCGAGCAGGCUUGAUCCGCUUUACCUAUCCCCUUGCACAAGUAAAUCAUGUUGUGGUCGAUUUAACGAAUGACUUGCAACGGUCGUUCGAGGGCGGUAGUAUUUCCAUAUCGCCGUCCGCCCAAACGAUCAAGUUAGGCGGAACAUUUCUUCAGAGCUAUGGAACCGACAAUUACACGGCGUUCGCUUGUUAUAACUUCAGGACCUCGGCUGGCGCCUCCGCUCCAUUCACGUCCUUUGGGACCUUCCAAUCAACUUCUACAUCUACGCCCGCCAACAUCGCUGUCUCUGUCAAUUCUACCUCCCUCUCGUUCCCCUUCACGUCAUCAGUAAAUAGGGUGCAGGCAGGGGGUCUGGUCUCGUUCAAUAGCUCUACCAUUCUUGCACGAUUUGGAAUAUCCUUCAUCAACGCCGAGCAGGCUUGCGCCAACGCAGACGCGGAAGUACCUACCUGGGAUUGGGACGCCGUUCAGACGAGCUCUAGAAAUCAAUGGGAGGAUGUCUUGUCCCGAGUGCAGAUUGACACCCAGGUCGAGGAUGCGACAGUCACUGAGCUGCUAUAUUCAUCGCUCUAUCGCGCCUCCUUGGUGCCGGCCAAUGUCACUGGUGAGAACCCCUAUUGGGACUCUCCUUUCCCCUUUUAUGAUGCACUGUUCUGCUCCUGGGACACAUUCCGUACUGUACACCCGUUGCUUUCGCUGACUUCGCCGAGAGAGUGGUCAGAAAUAGUGAAUACUUACAUCGAUGGAUGGCGCCAUACAGGGUUCUUACCGGAGUGCAGGGCAAAUACCAAAGCAGGAUACGUCCAAGGAGGCAGCGAUGGUAUGCCCAUCCUUGGAGACUUUGCUGUGAAAUAUGCAGCCCAUGCGGAGUCUCUUGGCGUACCAACCGAUGAUCUAUAUCAGGCCUUGAAAGACACUGCUGAGAACACCCCCUCUGAUUGGUACAGGGUUGGUCGCCAGAAUACCGCGUGGAAAACCUUUGGGUUUAUACCGACCGCCUGGGUAGAUCCAUCUGGCUCCACCGGCCUACCAACCAGGGAGGCUUCAAGGGCAUACGAGUACGCGUUAGGCGACUUCGCAGUGCGCCAGGCCGGCCUGGCCCUCCAGAAACCGGCGUCGGAUAUCGCGACCUACGCGAACCGCUCGAUGAACUUUGUCAACAUGUGGGAUGCGUCUCUGACACACGAUGGCUUCACGGGUUUCGCACAGAGGAGGUUCCAGAACGGGUCGUUCGCCUUCAGCCCUCCAGACGCUUGCUCGCCCGUCGAUCCGUCCCCCCACUCGUGCGCCAGGGGUACUGACAAUAAUGUUGGCUUCUACGAGUCUUCGUCUUGGGAAAUGAGUUUCUUCGCCCCGCACUCGAUGUCUACGCUUGUGAAGCUAAUGGGAGGCCCGACAACGUUCGUAGACCGCGUUAAUCAUUACUUCGACAAAGGUUAUUUCCAGGCCGGAAACGAGCCCUCAUUCGAGAUCCCUUGGGUGUAUCACUAUGCAAACCGACCAGAUCUAAGUGCUCUUCGGGUCAGGCAGAUAGUAUACAAGAACUUCAAUACCGGAAUUGGCGGAAUUCCUGGAAACGAUGAUUCCGGUGCGAUGGCCGCCUUGCUAACAUUCCACUUACUCGGCCUCUAUCCUGUUCCGUCCUCGAGGCAACUCCUCAUCGGCUCGCCCUUCCUCUCCUCAUUCACCUUGUCCAACAACGUCUUCAACACAAAGACCCAUUUUAUUGUCCGGAACUUCGACAAAACUACGUUAACGGGGACGCCUCCAGCAGGCAGUCGGAUAUUCGUGAAAAGGGUGCUUAUCAAUGGGAAGGCGAGCGAGAGUUUGUGCUGGAUUAACUUUGACGAUGUUGUGGGGGGAGGAGAGAUUGAGAUUGAGGUCGAUUCGGAUGCGAGUGCGGCUGCAGCGGCCGGGUGUGGUCCUGCGCCCAAUGCGUUACCCGACUCUCUCGAGACGGGUGGCUUUGCGGCGUGA